GAUAAUUUGCGGUCUCUAGAUUAGUGUUAUUUGUAUGGAUAAUUUUUAUGAGAAAAUUGAUGUUAGACUUUUAUUUUGAAAGAAACUUGUUAUUGUAAAUUUUUUACCACAAAAAUCCACGGGUACCCAUGAACACGCGGAUACUGUCACGACCCAAAAUGUUGUGACAGUGUUGAUUGUCUGAAGAACGUUGUCAUCUGGUUGUCUUGCCAUGAGAAGGGCAAAGGGGGCGACAUUAGCGAUAAGGCAUUGUCUGCCUGUGCAUCGUUUCUGGCCGAGUCAGGAUGUGGCUAUGAAGGAGAUCGUUGCAAGAGAAGGCACAACUGGUCGGAUGCUAUUGCCGUCUCCCUGAUGAGCCCAAGGUAGGGCGAAACCAGUUGGCAUGCGUAUGCAGAGAGGCUGGUCUUGAGGAAUGAGUGCACCUCAAGACGCCCCACGGACUUCGGAAGUCUAUGUCCGUGACAAGUGGUAUCAGAGCCUGGUUAGGCUGAAGAGCCUAGUUCCUCUCUCAGUACGGCAUAGGUCGUGUAUGGGCCAACCCUAUGCCCGAAUGAGAGGCGGUCCUAGGUGAGCAUAUCAGGCGGUCCGGACGCAGAUACACAUGUGUUGCGCCGUUGUGGGGGACCUCGACAGGCUGAAGAUGCAGCAGCCGAGAAUGCCGUUCAACCGAGGAACUAACGCUAGCGAGAGUGUAGGAUGAAGGUCGAUUGAGGUACAAACGCUGGGAGUAGCGUAGGGUGAAGGCCGGCUGAGGUACUAGCGCAGCAGAAGCAAAGAGUGAAGGUUGAUGGCGAGGGGUGAAGCGGUAUGUACGCAGGGCACAGCAGGCUAGCGCGAGGACGCAACCAGAGCCUGUCCAUCAGAGGAUGGUAUUGUAUGCGGACGCCCACAAUCGGUUCGAGAGUUGCAAUGCAUGCUGUGGAGAGAAGUAUUCUUCACCAGCACGAGGACGUGCUGCAUUAUGAGUGGUGGAGAAUGUCACGACCCGAAAUGUCGUGACCGUGUUGAUUGUCUGAAGAACGCUGCCAUAUGGUUGUCUUGCCAUGAGAGGGGUAAAGGGGGCGACAUUAGCGAUAAGGCGUUGUCUGGCUGUGCAUCGUUUCUGGUCGAGUCAGGAUGUGGCUAUGAAGGGGAUCGCUACAAGAGAAGGCACAACUGGUCGGAGGCUAUCACCGUCUCCCUGAUGAGCCCAAGGCAGGGCGAAACCAGUUGGCAUGCAUAUGCAGAGAGGCUGGUCUUGAGGAAUGAGUGCACCUCAAGACGCCGCACGGACUUCGGAAGUCUAUGUCCGUGACAAUACCCAGUGGGUUGGGUUGGGUAUGAGUUUUUCAAACCCAGCGGGUUUUAUCCAGGAUUAUUUUUGGCAGAUAAACUCAUGGGUUUGGAUUUGGAUUUGACAAAACCCGCUCCUACCUGACUCAUUGCCAUCCCUAUCUCCAUCUCAUGUAUUGGUACAAAUUUAUUUAUUUAAUAUAAGAUGAUGAAUUCC